AUGUUGGGCGGUCUUUUGAAAGAGAUACACACCAGACACUUCUGGCUUAUAGCUAGCCCGGGGAAUGAAUACUUGACUAAAGAGGCCUGGAGGGAGGGCGUUGUGGAUCUCUUCCUCACAGCGAAGAAAUGCGCCGAGCUUGUGCCCAAAGCCCAAACUUCGAAUGGCGGAAUGGGUGGUAAUACGGAGUCGAUCACUUAUGGGUCACAAGAAUGGCAGAAGGAAUAUGUGACCAUAAGCACUGGGUGUGUGAAGUCGGCUACUGUUCUAGACCGUUUUAACGUGUCUUGCGUGCAGACUGAUGUCUACGCCCUUGUGCAGAUGUGGUUUAUAUUGGAAGUGCAGAUAGCCCUGCUCGACUUUGAAGGAGCUGGGAAACGCUUGGGGAGGAUGUCAUGGCACUGCACCAUAAAUUCUGGGAGGAAGAAUCGAGAGAAGUCAACGCAAGUCACAGCAGAGACAUACGGGAAGCUAGUGCCACGGCCUACGCACAAGGCCGGGGGAUUGACUUGGUCGGGCCGUUUCGAAUACAUGCAUGAAGUACCUACCUUGAUGAUGAGGCCUGAGGAGAAUGGCUGUGCCCUAUCAAGCCUAAUAAAAGAAGUCUGGUUCCAGAAACGGGAUGAGUUGGUUCAGGAGCAGGUAGAUACUGGCGAGCAACACCCAGCUAAUGAACCAAACCUAGCCCUGAUGAGAUUGUCGAGCACCAAUGACGAGGAGCAUCAGACCUCAUGGAACGGAGGUGUUCGCAGCAAAACAUUGCACCCCGACCACCCAAGCAAAGAAGACCACAAGAACCAAUUCGACGAGCUAAAUGAUCAGGCGAGAGAUAUGAAGGCGGUUAAAUGA